CGCGCCCGGAUACAGCGGAUAAACCGUGGGAUUUACCAUCCAGGAAAGCCGAGAAAGUCCACUCUGAAGGAACGGUACGGUAGGGCGGACUAAGGAUUGUUUGGGGGCCGCCGGUACUCGCUUGGAUUCAGCGGAUAAACUGACAGCGAAGUGUUGGCUUGGCCGUGUGUCCCAGACCGUGCUUCCCUCCUCUGCUAUCACCCAGGUCCCCCCACCCCGCUCACACUCUCGGUUCCAGGGGUGUGGAGACAGGGGGCCGGGGUUGAAAAAAAAAAAAACGUGGAAGGGGAAACAGAGCAUUAAUUCCCUACUUGGCUUUGACUUUUUUUUUUCUCUCGCCCUUUUGGGUUUCCUCUGGGCGCUACAGGAGUUGUGAACCACGCUGUGCGAAUGAGUGUCUGAUGCCAACUUCGCUUCUUCAGGGCAGAAUGGGUGUGUGUCCCCUGCUCCUGCUGCUCGGUCUAGCCCUUGGGGCCUCAGCCCAGGAUCAUGUCCCCGUGACAAGUCCUCCAAAUAUCACUGCCAAACCCACAGACCCCCCUGCAGCGCCCUUCCUCAAUGUCACAGCCGCAAACACGCAAGCCCCCACAGUCCCACCCACAAAGCCCGCAGCCAUCCCGGGGGUGACGACAACAACAACAACAACAACCACCACCAACACCACCACCCCCCCAAGCCCACCUGGUGCUGAAGACGUACAACCGGUGGGUCCAAAUAGCACCGUGAGGCUGGUACCACCUCCGCCACCUCCAGCUCCAACUGAUGCCCCUCAGGUACCACUGAGCACCACGCCUCCACCACCUUUCACCAAGACGGAAAAUGGGAACAGUACCACAACUCCGUUUCCGGACACUCCAGACACCAGUACUGAUCCGGAGUACCAUUUGGAGGAAUCGGAGACCACCACAGCAUUCACCACCGACAGGAGCCCACAAGACAACGGCCAUUCUGAUGACAUGCCAGUCAUAGCAGUGAUGGUGGCCCUGUCCUCCUUGCUGGUCAUCAUCUUCAUCAUCAUCAUCCUCUACAUGCUCAGGUUUAAAAAGUACAAGCAGGCGGGAAGCCAUUCAAACUCCUUCAGAUUGACCAAUGGCAGAUCGGAUGAUACAGAGCUCCAGAGCGUGCCACUAUUGGCCCGUGCGCCCAGCACAAACAGGAAGUACCCGCCCCUUCCCGUCGACAAGCUGGAGGAAGAGAUGAAUCGUCGCAUGGCUGAUGACAACAAGCUCUUCAGGGAGGAGUUUAAUGCUCUGCCGGUUUGCCCCAUCCAGGCAUCGUGUGACGCUGCUUCCAAGGAAGAGAAUAAAGAAAAGAACCGAUACGUCAACAUCCUGCCAUAUGAUCACUCCAGGGUGCAUCUCUCAUCUCUGGAGGGAGUCCCCGACUCUGACUUCAUCAAUGCCUCCUUUAUAAAUGGUUACCAAGAGAAGAAUAAGUUUAUUGCAGCUCAAGGGCCAAAGGAGGAAACAGUAAAUGACUACUGGCGGAUGAUCUGGGAGCAGAACACAGCCACCAUUGUCAUGGUGACCAAUCUUAAGGAGAGAAAGGAGUGCAAGUGUGCCCAGUACUGGCCGGACCAGGGCUGUUGGACAUACGGGAACAUCCGCGUCUCUGUGGAAGACACAAUGGUUCUAGUGGACUACACCAUCCGCAAGUUCUGUAUCCAACAGGUGGGAGAUGUGUCUGGGAAGAAGCCUCAGAGACUUGUGACCCAGUUCCACUUCACCAGCUGGCCAGACUUCGGGGUACCCUUCACCCCCAUUGGCAUGCUUAAGUUCCUCAAGAAAGUCAAGACCUGCAACCCCCAGUAUGCAGGGCCCAUCGUGGUUCACUGCAGUGCGGGAGUGGGAAGGACAGGUACCUUCAUUGUGAUCGACGCCAUGUUGGACAUGAUGAACUCUGAGAGAAAGGUGGAUGUGUUCGGCUUCGUCACCAGGAUCAGAGCUCAGCGCUGUCAGAUGGUCCAGACCGAUAUGCAGUACGUGUUCAUAUUCCAGGCGUUGUUAGAGCACUACCUGUACGGAGACACAGAGCUGGAGGUGACCUCUCUGGAGUCCCACCUGGCCAAACUCUACGCCCCCUCACCUGGAGCUGGCUGCAGUGGUCUGGAGGCUGAAUUCAAGAAAUUGACAUCCAUCAAGAUCCAGAAUGACAAGAUGAGAACAGGCAACCUGCCCGCCAACAUGAAGAAGAACAGAGUCCUGCAGAUCAUUCCAUAUGAGUUCAACAGAGUCAUCAUUCCAGUCAAGCGAGGAGAGGAGAACACCGACUACGUCAAUGCCUCUUUCAUUGAUGGCUACCGUCAGAAGGACUCGUACAUGGCCAGCCAGGGUCCCCUGCAGCACACCAUAGAGGACUUCUGGAGGAUGAUCUGGGAGUGGAGAAGCUGCUCUAUAGUUAUGCUCACUGAGCUGGAGGAGAGAGGACAGGAAAAGUGCGCCCAGUAUUGGCCCAGUGAUGGAGUGGUGGUCCACGGGGACAUCUCCAUCGAGAUUAAAAGGGAGGAGGAGAGUGAAAGCUACACAGUGCGUGACCUCCUGGUCACCAACAACAGGGAGAACAAGGCUCGAGCAGUGCGUCAGUUCCAUUUUCAUGGUUGGCCAGAGGUAGGCAUCCCCACUGACGGUAAAGGCAUGAUCAACAUAAUCGCUGCAGUGCAGAAACAGCAGCAGCAAUCUGGCAACCACCCCAUCACUGUACACUGCAGUGCUGGUGCUGGCCGGACAGGGACUUUUUGCGCGUUGAGCACAGUCCUGGAGAGGGUGAAGGCAGAAGGCAUCCUGGAUGUUUUCCAGACAGUCAAGAGCCUCAGACUGCAGAGACCCCACAUGGUGCAGACACUGGAGCAGUACGAGUUCUGCUACAAAGUGGUCCAGGAGUAUAUCGAUGCCUUUUCUGACUACGCCAACUUCAAGUAGGGACCUGCCAUGGAUGGUUGUCCGCAUACACUUCAUACAAGCAUAUGCACACACCGGAACACACAAAUACACACACACAUACCACGCAGAAAACUGCAUAUUCCCAUCUGAUGGAUUUAAAAAAAUAUAAGAAAAGACUCAUCACAACUUGAUCUGUGGAUGGGAUGAACUGCCCGGAGGAAAAGGGAACAGAGGUCUCAGCCCAGAGGACAGGGCAGUGCAGUUGGACAGAGAAAUUAACUGAGAUGCCUUCUUAAAUAUUUUGUAAUAUUGGUCUUGUUAAUACAGCCCUUCAACCCUAUUUGCCCUCCUCCCCCCAUCCCCCCAUAUGUAUAUAUAUACUUACUGUGUUGCAUCUUAUUACUUUGGUUUCAGACACAGUUUUGAGUUUGGCUGCAUUUUCGGGUGGCACCUGUAAUGUAUUUUAUUGGUAUAUAUAUAUAAAUAUAUAAAUAUA